UCGAAACCUUACCUUAUCUCCACCAGAAGCGAAAACUAACCCAUCUACUCUUACAGACCAUCUCUGGAAGUCACAGUCUUGCUAAAGAUCUUUCUUGACCAACCGACUAUUCUCCUUCUAAACACAACCUAAACAACCGACAUAUACCAAAAUGUUCUCCCGACUGGCUUCCUUUGCCAAACCCGCGGCCAAGUCCGCGUCGGCUUCUGGCCGAACCAUGCUUCAGGUCCGAUACCUGUCUGAGAAAGCUGUUGCUGGCAGCAAGGGCAGGACGAUGCCCUUCUCUGCUGCUCGAGCUACUGCUCCUGCUGCUUCUCUUCCCGCCACUCUCACCAUUCGAGAUGGUCCUGUUUUUCAGGGCAAGGCUUUCGGCGCCAAUGCCAACAUCUCUGGUGAGGCCGUCUUCACCACAUCUCUUGUUGGCUACCCCGAGUCCAUGACCGACCCCUCCUACCGAGGUCAGAUCCUCGUCUUCACCCAGCCCCUGAUUGGCAACUACGGUGUUCCCUCCGCUGUCCGAGACGAGUUCAAUCUUCUCAAGUACUUCGAGUCGCCCCACGUUCAGUGUGCUGGUAUUGUUGUCUCCGAUGUCGCUGUCAACUACAGCCAUUGGACUGCUGUUGAGAGUCUCGGCGAGUGGUGCGCUCGAGAGGGAGUUCCCGCCAUCUCUGGCGUUGAUACUCGCGCCAUUGUCACACACCUCCGAGAGCAAGGCUCUUCCCUGGCUAGGAUAUCCAUUGGUGAAGAGUACGAUGCCGACGAGGAUGAGGGUUUCGUCGACCCCGGCCAGAUCAACCUGGUUAAGCGUGUCACCACCAAGGCUCCCUUCGUUGUUGAGUCCCCCGGUGCCUCUCUCCACGUCGCUCUGAUCGACUGUGGUGUCAAGGAGAACAUCCUUCGCAGCCUGGUUAGCCGAGGUGCUUCCGUCACAGUCUUCCCCUAUGACUACCCCAUCCACAAGGUCUCGCAGCACUUCGAUGGUGUCUUCAUCUCCAACGGUCCUGGUGACCCUACCCAUUGCCAGGCUACCGUCCACAAUCUCGCCCGCCUGAUGGAAACUUCCAACAUUCCUAUCAUGGGUAUUUGUCUCGGCCACCAGCUUCUGGCUCUCGCUGUUGGUGCCCGCACCAUCAAGCUCAAGUACGGUAACCGAGCUCACAACAUUCCCGCUCUCGACUUAACCACUGGCCUGUGCCACAUCACCAGCCAGAACCACGGAUACGCCAUCGAUGCCAGCACUCUUCCUAGCGACUUCAAGGAGUACUUCGUCAACCUCAACGACGGAUCCAACGAGGGUAUGCUCCACAAGACCCGCCCCAUCUUCUCGACCCAGUUCCAUCCCGAGGCCAAGGGUGGCCCUAUGGACAGCUCUUACCUCUUCGACAAGUACCUCCAGAACGUCCAGCUUGCCAAGAGUAACCAGGUUGUUUUCAAGGAUAACCGACCUACCCCUCUGAUGCUCGAUAUCAUGAGCCGAGAGCGUGUCGGUGUUGAGCCUACUCCUCUUGCUGCUACUGCUUGAACGACUAGUGUGAGAUGAUUUUGGCGUCUAGGAUAGGUCGUUGGUAACGUCUGUUAGUUUCUCGGGAGCAAGGAUAACGGCUGCUAUUCUUUUAAUGUUAUGUUAAGAAACAUUGGUCUUAUAAUAAAGAUUGUGAUACCACCACUACACCUCAACCCGCUAUGUCAACCUGCUGUGCGGAAAUGUUCUGAAAUCAAUGACCAAAGCAACCGUAGCAUCCAGCUUGUAGCGUCUUGUUGAGUGCUAUCAAC